AUGUUGAAAACGACACUUACUACUUUCCAUGCCUUGAAUGUGAUAUUGCAGCAGCAAUAUUGUAAAAAGGUUUUUCAGAAAUAUUCUAAACUAAUCUCAUUUCUUUUGGUGGCUGAGCAACAUAAUUCUCUUUUAAUAAAAAAUUAUGAAGCUCGUCCCACUGGAGCUGCUCCAUUACCAGAGGCAAAUGUGGUGGGAGUACAUUAUCAAUCUGAAGUAAAAAGAGAUGAUCAUUGGGGCUAUAAUAAUGCACGGGGAUUUGAUAAAGAUAAGAGACGACACACUAAUCGUCGAGGUGGUGGUCAUAAUAAAAGGGAGAACAAUAUGAGUUCUCAAAAUAACCCCUCAAAAUGUAAUUUUCGUCGUUGUGGCAUGAAAUUCCAUUGGAAGAAUGAAUGUCUCACACAUGAGCAUUUUGUAAGGCUCUAUCAAAAUUCCUUUAAAAAGAAAGGAAAUAAAAGUGGUGCUUCCUCUUCCAAUGCUCGAGUUGAGUCACAUAUGACUCUUAAAGAUGAUGAUAACCCGGGAACAUCUCAGAAAUAUGAUAAGGAUGUUGAAGCAAAUUUGGCUUUAAGGAUGAUGUUUUUGAUGGCCUUGGUGAAAUUACUCAUAUGGAAGUUGAUGAAUUUUUUGGAAAUCGAAACUGAUGUUUGA